CGUCGGGGCGUCCGCGCUGCGACUACAGACUUAUCAGCACUCAUCAUGUAUUUGCUCUCUCUGCUCUCCUUGGCCACCCUGUGCCUGGCGGACUUCAACAUCCUUCUACUCCACAACAAUGACAUGCACGCAAGGUUCCAGCAGGCGGACCGCUACUUGGGUCUGUGUCCAAACGACUCUUCACCAGACUGUUACGGAGGUUUUGCCCGGGUAAAGGCCACGGCGGAGGCUAAGAAGAAGGAUGCUGCUCAAGCCGGGAGACCCACGAUAUUCCUGAAUGCCGGAGAUACAUUCCAGGGAACUCCUUACUACACUUUCUUUAAGUGGCCGAUUGUGUCUCAGUUUAUCGACAUGCUAGGGAUUGAUGUGAUGUCCCUGGGAAACCACGAGUUUGACGAUGGAGUCGCUAGCCUAUCUCAAUACAUCGCGAAUGUUUCAGUUCCAAAUAUCUGCAGCAACCUAAACCUUACCCUAGAGCCGAGCCUACAGGAGCCUAACUUGACACCUUCGUUCAUCCUCAAUGUCAGCAACGUCAGGAUAGGAGUUAUCGGAUAUUUGACACCGGACACCAAGUUUCUGUCCAAUGUCGGGAAGGUUGAUAUUCUUGACGAGAUUCCUAGUAUCCGUAAAGAGGCACAGAGACUUCUCGCUGAGAACGUGAACAUCCUAAUCGCUCUCGGACACUCUGGGUACGUCAAGGACCAACAAAUCGCCAAGGAGGUCGAGGAGAUAGACCUUGUGGUCGGAGGUCACUCACACACCUUCUUGUACACAGGAACUCCACCAGAUCCCGUGGACGUACCUAAAGGUCCAUACCCCACAGUUAUAAGCCAAGCCAGUGGCAAGAAAGUGCCCGUGGUCCAAGCAUACUACGGCACCAAAUAUCUCGGAUACCUGGAGUUGGACUUUGACGACGAAGGAAACCUGAAGAGUUGGAAUGGAGCGCCAAUACUUCUGAGCGGCGACUUGCCUCAAGACCCAGGCGUGCUAGCGGCACUUCAACCCUACGAGAAGGAACUUCACGAUAAAAUAAACAAAAUUGUGGGUUACACAGGUGUUCUACUCAACAAUGAGAACUCUGCUUGUAGGUUAGGGGAAUGCAACAUCGGUGAUAUGCUAGCAGACGCAUACGUCGACUACGCUACUCGUGCGUACACGAACAGUCAGGGCUGGACUGUGGCUUCUGUAGCCAUUCAACAAGCUGGUGGAAUACGUGCCUCUAUCAACACUAGGACUAACACUAAUGGCAAUGGUUCUAUCACUGUAGGGGACGUUAUGACAGUGCUACCCUGGGGAGGCAAGAUUGUUGUGAAGGAAUUGAAUGGAAGCACGUUACUAGAUGUUCUAGAGUACGCGGUCCAUAGAUACGAGGAGACCAACACAGGACAUGUCAACGAAUUCCUGCAAGUCGCUGGACUAAAGAUAGUGUACAACAUCCAGGCAGCCAUUGGAAGUAGAGUCGUCAGUGUGCAGGUACUUUGUGCAGACUGUACAGAACCUGAGUACACGCCUCUCAACAAGUCUUCCCUCUACCAGGUUGCAAUGCCAGAUUAUAUUGGGAACGGAGGGGAUGGCUUCAGUAUGCUGACCGGCAUACCUAACUCUUACAUAUUCGAUGACGUCGACUACGUGGUCCUCUCCCAGUACAUAGAGAAACACUCCCCGGUCUACCCAGCUGUGGAGGGUCGCAUUGUCGUUCAGAACAAUACUAACGGAACUUCCUCAGCAACGACGAUAUACACGUCUAGUAUCUUAAAUCUUUCUAUAUUAGCUGUACUAAUAUGGAUGUUAAGGGUUUCCUAAAUAAGUCAAAUUGUUUUAUAGAUUUUACGCAUCUACACGAGAAACGAGUACAUAAGUUCUUCACAGAAACGAUAUUUAUAUUUGUGUAUACAUAUACACGUCAGCAACACUAAUUACACGUCGGUAACACUUCUGUACAUCGUUUGACCGUUGCUGAAUACUUAAAAAGUUCGGUAUAAAACCCUAGCUAGAUAUGAUAUUUCGACUGUGUCCCUUGAUAGCGCUAAUAAAUAACCUUGUAAUAUUCUGGAGGUAUACUUAAAAAAAAUUCAAUAACAUAGCCAGUGAGCUAUAUACUGUGGACUCAAACCAAAAUAAUACAAAAGUGAUAAAAACAUUUAUUUGUGAUCAAAUUUCAUUGAUUAAAUUUAUCGAUGAUAUGCAAAAAUGUUAUUAAAAUGACUGUGAUAUAGCAUUCGUUUUUAUUUUAUGGUCGUAAUUUUUCAGCCUAUAUUUUUUAUUUGUUACUAGUUUUAAGGUAAAAACGUUUGUAAAUCUGUCAUUAAAUUAAAUAUGUUAUUGUUAUUAGAAGAACAUUUUAGCUUAACAACACUUUUUUAUAAGUAAAAGAAAUCGAAUUAGUAAACAUAAGGUAAGUGGUAAUUACUAACUCAUAUGUUUCAACCCAAAACCUAAUAUUCUGUAAGAAACAUUAUUUUUAUAAAUUUGUAUUUUAAAUAUAUGAUUCGAAAUACACAUAUUUGUUUAAAA